UCACACUGGUUUACUCCCUUGUGGGUCAGACAGGAGGACAGUUUGCAUUUUGCAUUUUGAACCAGGUUGCCGGUCCUUGUGAUAUGAAGUCCUUGUGUUUUUGGGUUACCGUCCUUCUUGGACUCUGUUUCAGGUCAUCUUUGGCUUUUCCUCCCAAAGAUUUUCGACAACAUGCUUCAUUUCAGAGCCCUCAGAUCACAGGGCGCUCCCAACACACUCAGCAACUGAAGAAUCCAGCUGAGGAACGAGAGCAGGUGAAUACCGUCAGACUGACCUGCCAUCCAGACUCGCUGGAGAUCAUUAUCAAAGCUGACAUGUUUGGAGUUGGAGCUCCAGUUGAUAGCCAUGAACUACGCCUUGGAGUGGAGCAGAACGAUUACUGUAGAGCUACACCGUCUUCAGGAGAUGAGUACAGCAUCAUCGUCGGGCUUGUGGACUGCGGCACCAAACAUUGGAUGACUGAAGACGCUCUGAUCUACACAAACCUGCUCAUAUACUCUCCUGUGGCCUCUCCAGACGGGGUGGUUCGAAUGGAUGAGGCUGUAAUUCCAGUUGAGUGUCACUACGAAAGGAAGUACAGUUUGUCCAGUUCUUCAAUCGUGCCCACCUGGAUCCCCUUCAUGUCUACCCAAGCUGCAGUGGCAACUUUGGAGUUUGACUUGAGAAUUAUGACAACUGACUGGCUUUAUCGCAGAAGCUCUAAUGUGUAUUUCCUCGGGGAGCCCAUCAGCAUCGAAGCCUCGGUCAGAGUUGGAAAUCACGUGGGGCUCCGAGUGUUUGUGAGCAGCUGUGUGGCUACGCUUCAACCAGAUAUAUACUCCGUUCCCAGAUACGUCUUUGUUGAAAAUGGGUGCUUGGUUGACUCUGAGCUUCCAGGUUCUAAGUCCUACUUCUUAUCCAGGACUCAGGAUGACACGCUCCAGAUGAACAUUGAUGCCUUUAGGUUUUAUAACGAGGACAGAGGAGAGCUCUACAUCACAUGUCACCUGACUGCUGCACCAGCAAAUGAUGCAGAGGCACCUAAUAAGGCGUGCACUUUUCUAAAUGGAAGAUGGAGGUCAGCUGAUGGUAAUGACUAUCUAUGUGGGAAUUGUCAAAGAGUUAAUAAGCCCAGCAGCCCUGGGAAGAUUGGACCUCGUGGGUUUGGAAAGCCAGAUGAAUCUGAACCGUUCUGGAGGAGCGGACUGAGGGCCAAUACAGUGGGGGAACAGGAGGCAAGAGUCGGUCCAAUGGUGGUCUUGCCAGCCAGUCAGAAAAGUGGACCAAUACCUUUUGGGGAUCUUCCUCCUGUUCUAAAUAAAAUCAGCAGACCUUUAGUGUACGGCAGCCAGUGGAGGAGUGGAAACAACAACAGAGUUGAUCAGAAGGGACUGGUUCUUGAUUCACAAUCUACACCAGACGAGGUGACGUUUCAGACUCUUGAUUCCAAGCAGACUAAAGAAGUCAAAAGUGGAACAGAGCGCAAAGAUGGAGAUGUGGUGGCAGUCUUUCCCCUUCUAGAAGAGGCCUCCCCGGAGCUCAGCUGGAACUCAAAGGGAGCAGCGUUGGACAAGAACAACACAGCAGCUCACAAAAAGAUCACAAUGUUGAUCCCAGUUCACUCGGCCUCUCUGGCACUGCUGAUAUCUUUUGCUUUUGGUGUUGCAAAUGCCAUUCGAAGUUUGAAAGAUGGACCUGUGAUAGAUGCUGAAGGGAGGGAAUAUAAAUCUGCAAAAUUCAUAACAGAUGAAGAAGACAUCGGCGGACAACAACUCAAUGAUGGACCCACUGUCCGUGUACAAUGCACAGAAGCAUCCAUGAUCAUUUAUGUGAAGCCUGACGUGUUCAAAAAUGGACACCUCGUGUCUCCAGAGGAGCUUUUUUUAGGAUCAGCAGAGCAUCCAGACAGGAGUGAGUGUCGAGCUGUUGCUGCUGGUGACGCUGAAUACGUCAUUGAAGCUGUUCUGCAAGACUGUGGCUCCAAAUUAACUAUCUCUGAGGACUCUGUGAUCUACUCAAACAAGCUGAUAAUCUCACCGGCUGCCAGUUUCCUUGGCAUUACAAGACGGAUGCAUGGCCUGGUCCCUGUUUCCUGUCACUAUAAAAGGACACACCUUGUGAGCAGUAACGCUCAGCAGACACUGCUGGCCUCCUUCACUCCUGCAAAGAUUUCAACUGCUGCUUUCUCUCUAAAGCUGAUGACUGACGACUGGAGGAGUGAGACGUCCUCCAGGUCCUUCUACAUUGGAGAACUCCUGCACCUGGAGGCCUCUUACACUGGGCCUGACUCGGGACAAAGACGGCUCUUCAUCGACAGCUGUGUCGCCACGCUGUCACCUGACACAACAUCUGUUCCCAGAUACUCCUUCAUAGAGAACCACGGGUGCCUCUCUGACGCAAAAUAUGAAGGAUCAAACUCACUGCUGCUCCCGAGAACGAGCUCUUCAACGCUUCGACUGCAGCUCGAUGUUUUCCUGUUUCACCAGGAGCCAAGGAACUCAAUGUAUAUCACUUGCAAGCUGAAGGCAACCUCUGAAAUGUGGAGGAGCAGCUCCAUCAACAAGGCCUGCAAUUAUGUACAUUCAAGAUGGAUAAAUGUGGAUGGCAGUGAUGUGUGUCCAUGUUGUGACAGUACCUGUUCCAAAAGUACUCCAGACCACGACACAAAUCUGAGACCUCAGACCCCUGAAGAUGUGACAUAUGGAACUGUAACACUCGGCCCUUUGAUGGUUUUCCCCAGAAAGUAGGCAAAGAAUGAAAAUAAAGACGAUAAACAAUC